UUGGCGAGGCGGGCUGUCAAUCAGCGCUGGGCGGCAGCCCCCCGCGCGGGGGCUCGGAGAUGCCAGGCUCGGCGACAGGCAGCGGCGGCGGCGGCGGCGGCCACGGCGGCCACGGCGCAGACACACGCCUUCCCGCCGGCGCGCGCCGGGGUAGAGCAGGCGGCCGGGCGGCCGAGCCACCUCCGGAGCCGCGCGCGGGCGGGCAGGGCCUCAGACUCGGCAUGGAGCCCGAGAUGCAGGCGGCGGAGGAGGGCCGCGCGCCCCGCAUCUACAAGCAGCGCGGCCCCUACAGCGUCCUCAAGACGUUCCCCAGCCGGCGGCCGGCGCUGGCCAAAGCGCUACGACAGACCCUCUCUGCUGAGCUGUCGCCCGCGCGGCCGUCCCCGCUGCCGCCGCCGCCGCCGCCGCCGCCGCCCUUCGCCUCGCUCGCCGCCGUGCCCAUCAGCAGCAGCGAGCCGCCGCCGUUCCCGACGCAGCCGUCCUACCCGGCCGGGUCAGGCCGCCCCGCCGCCGCCGCCGCCUCCUCGUCGUCGCCGUCCUGCACACCCGCCGCGCCCCGCCACCCGAGGACUCCGGCGCCACCGCCGCCGCCGCCGCCGCCGCCGCCCCUGCCCCUCGCGGCCCCCGCCGCCUCGUCGUCGUCGUCCUUCGCCGCCGUCGUCAGGUACGGCCCUGGCCCGGCGAGCGGCGCGGGCAGCAGCGGCGCGGGUAGCGACGGCGCCAGCCUAGAGCUCAGUGCAGAGAGCCGGAUGAUCCUGGAUGCCUUUGCCCAGCAGUGCAGUCGUGUUCUUAGUCUCUUAAAUUGUGGAGGAAAACUUCUGGACUCCAGCCACUCUCAGUCCAUGAUUUCUUGCGUCAAGCAGGAAGGCUCUAGUUAUAACGAAAGACAAGACCAGUGCCACAUCGUAAAAGGGGUCCAAAGUCAGACCUCUGACAACAUAGACAUAGAAAUGCAAUAUAUGCAAAGAAAACAACAGACUUCUGCCUUUCUGAGAGUGUUCACUGACUCUCUCCAAAAUUAUCUGCUCUCGGGGAACUUCCCCACUCCGAACACCUCAUCGGUCAGUGAGUAUGGCCACCUGGCUGAUAUGGACCCUCUCUCAGCCUCCCCGGUGCACACGUUAGGUGGCUGGACCUCCCCGGCAACGUCUGAGUCCCACGGUCACCCGUCCUCCUCCACGCUGCCGGAGGAGGAGGAGGAGGAAGAGGAAGGCUACUGCCCUCGGUGCCAGGAGCUGGAGCAGGAGGUUAUCUCACUGCAACAAGAAAAUGAAGAACUCAGAAGAAAAUUGGAGAGCAUCCCAGUGCCCUGCCAGACCGUCCUAGAUUACCUAAAGACAGUGCUGCUGCACCACAACCAGCUCCUGCCGCAGCCCGCCGAGCAGCCCACCGAGGGAAGCAAGCAGCUGUUGAACAGCUAUCCUGUGUACAUAACGAGCAAACAGUGGGACGAGGCUGUGAACUCUUCCAAGAAGGACGGGAGGCGGCUUCUGCGCUACCUCAUCAGAUUCGUCUUCACCACCGACGAGCUUAAGUACUCAUGCGGCCUUGGGAAAAGGAAAAGGUCAGUGCAGUCAGGAGAGACAGGUCCCGAAAGACGCCCUCUGGAUCCAGUUAAAGUCACGUGCCUCCGAGAAUUCAUUAGGAUGCACUGUACCUCAAACCCUGAUUGGUGGAUGCCCUCGGAGGAGCAGAUAAACAAAGUGUUCAGCGAUGCCGUAGGUCACGCCCGACAAGGGCGGGCAGUGGGGACUUUCCUGCACAACGGUGGCUCGUUUUACGAAGGGAUGGAUCACCAGGCUUCCCAAGAUGAGGUCUUCAACAAGAGCUCUCAGGAUGGGUCUGGGGACUAGCGGACAGAACCUAGCAGUGGUGUUUUGGUUUUUUGUGUAAGAGCUCCAGUUGUGAAUGUCCAUCCCCUUGUCUCUUAGAGUCCAAAGCAUGGUAUUCCGUCAUACUUUACACAUUCUUGACCCACUGCCACAGUUCCCAAAUACGAAUCCACUUUAGGAUUCUGGGGGGAAAUGAGCGGCUGCAGUAGAUUGGGGUGUGUUCUAUCACAGAGGAGAAUGUACAGUUAACAUGAAGUCAUUACUAGCUGGUCAUUGAGAGUGACUCCAGCCCCAGAUCUUCAGGGAAGCCUGGCCUCCUGAGCAGAGCUGGUCUCCAGGGAAGGUUCAGUUGGUGUUCCUGCACAUGGGGGAAGGGAAGACAAACAACGCAGAUUUUCUUUAAUUCAAGUAAGCUGUCUUUCGUUUUCCUAAGACUUGGUUUUAGAGUUCUCAGCAAAGACACAAGCUAGGUGAGACUGUAAGCUUCCAUCUGUUUUAAACUCUUACGAUAAGCCAGGACAGAGGCCAUGUCUGUAGAGGGUGCUUGAUGGAAGUCAGCUACUUUUCUGUUAUCUUACAGGCAAAACUCACUGUGUCAAUCAGAAAGGCAAUCUCACUGCUGUGGUUUACAAGCAGAGAUUCUCUUUCCAUCUUUAGGAAACAUCCAAAGAUUCAGACCCAUUUUCAAAUGCCUCAUUUCAUAAGUUCUAACACACAGCUUCCAUAGCCUUACAUCAUGCUUUGUUGACACAGUGCCAGGGUGGCGGGUUCACUGAGAACCUCUACGAGCUAGCUGUUUGGUAAGAUCAAACACAGGGCAUGAAUGACAGCAUCUGCUGUUGAUAAAGGGUCGGGUAUUGUAGACACGUAGCUUCAGUGCCGUUCUGACAACUAUGCAAUGGCUCAUGGGUGAUUUCUCUGAAAUUUGAGGCCUUUUCUGGGCUGAGUGAAGGUUUAGAAUAUAUACAACUUCUGUUCCCCACUGUCAUGGAUGAAAACGCCCCAACCAGCUGUGCCUCUCCUUUUCCCACAAUCCCUCUGUGGUCUAAGUUCUGAGUUACUGCUCUGCUUCCCUGCUUAAUUUGCGGCAUCCAUGUGAGAUGUCACACAUGUUAGUGAUGUCUAGUAAAGGCUACAGAGGUGGUGCUGGAAUUGUUCCUGUUGAAGGUUAAACUUUUGGACAUGAGGAGAAGGCUGGUUUAAUUUUUUGUAAUCCCUCCCUCCCCCGUUGGCUUUGUUAAAGGAAUCAAGAUUACUGUGUUCUUUGUGGAACCAAAAGCUAAAUGGGCAGCAUUUAUGAAAAUUAUGAAUGCCAUCUACAAACACAGCAAAGAGCUUUGAAAUGGGAUAGAGAUUCAGACUGAGUAUCCAUUUAGAAAAGGUCUGUAUGGGAGGCCAGUUUUGUCAGAGUAAAUCAGACAUCCUUUAUAUUCAGUAUUUAGCAUCAGAUUUUGAACAAAUCGGCCGAACAGUUUAGAAGUAAAAGAAAUUAAACGAGUAAAUGAGAUGUCAUUUGCA